UCCAGCGCGUUCAUGAAGUGAAAACAUUGCUCCUUUCCUUUGGAUAGCGUUUAGCUUCUGCAUGCGGUGUUUCAUAAUGAGCAGGUUACGUUCAGCAGCAGUUAAAGACAAAAAAGGCCGAAUGGAGACGGUGGAAACAACUCUCCAAACCCGGAAGAAGUCAAAAACACCAAUGAAAGAAGAACCAACCACAACUUCAUUCCCACCAUCUUCAUACCACACAUUUUCUGAUCCUGCUGUAGUUGUGUUUCUGCGCUCUCAUCUCCUGCGCUGGUAUGACAAAGACAAGAGAGAGCUGCCAUGGAGGACUCUGGCUUUGACAGAAUCAGACAUCAACAUAAGGACAUAUGCAGUAUGGGUUUCAGAAAUAAUGCUGCAGCAGACUCAAGUUACCACAGUGAAAGACUACUAUACCAGAUGGAUGAAGAGGUGGCCAACGGUGCAGGAUCUUGCAGCUGCUACAAUAGAGGAGGUAAACCAGAUGUGGGCAGGCCUCGGUUACUAUUCACGUGGAAGAAGGCUGCAUGAAGGAGCGCAGAAGGUGAUCUUGGAGCUGAAGGGACAGAUGCCUCAGACUGUGGACGACUUGCUGAAACAGUUGCCUGGUGUGGGACGCUACACGGCGGCCGCGAUUGGAUCUAUUGCUCUGGGCCAGGUAACCGGCGCCGUGGAUGGGAAUGUGAUUCGUGUUCUGUGUCGCCUAAGGGCCAUUGGGGCCGAUUGCACGAGUCCUGCAGUAACGGAGGCUCUUUGGCAUCUUGCCAAUUUGCUGGUGGAUCCAGAAAGACCUGGAGAUUUCAACCAGGCCAUGAUGGAGCUUGGAGCACGAGUCUGCACCCCCAAAGGCCCGCUGUGCAGCCAGUGUCCCGUCCAGUCUCACUGCCGCUCAUAUCGCCGGGUUCAUGUCAAACAGGAGCAAAAUGCUAAGAAGCUUUUAGGAAAGCUGGACAUGCCUGAUAUUGAGGACUGCAUGAACAGUGGCACUUGUUCCUUGUGUCCCUCUGAGCCAUGGGACUAUCAGCUGGGUGUUCAGAACUUCCCAAGGAAGCCGGCCAAGAAAGCUCCUCGGGUGGAACGGACACUAACGUGCGUGGUGACGAGGCCAGGAGAAGCAGGUGGUGAGGAGUACCUGCUUGUGCAAAGACCAAACAAAGGUUUGCUAGCAGGUUUAUGGGAGUUUCCAAGUCUUCUGCUGCAGGAGGACAAUGAGGUGAAACAGAAGAGGGCGCUUUGUGAAGAAGUCAACAGAAUACUGAGGAGCCGUUUGAAUGAACAUCUUCUCCAGUAUGUAGGAGAGGUGGUGCACAUCUUCUCCCACAUUCACCAGACCUAUGUGGUUUAUAGCAUGUGCUUAAAGGACAGGGAUGUUACACAGCAGAUGCCAAAUGAAAAGCAACAAUGGCUUACGAGACCUGGCCUGCAGGAAGCAGCUGUGUCCACCGGGCUGAAGAAGAUUGUGAAGCUCUUUGAUACUGCAGACAGUUCAAAGAAAGAAACCUCAAAGGAUGGAAGAAGACGAAAGCCUGAAGGACUAAAACAUGACAGGUCACAGAAAACAAAAAAAAGUAGACUGACUGCAGCUGAUGGUGGAGGCAGACAGCUUUCACUGAGUUCCUUCUUCAAGACAGUGAAAGAGGAAAGUAGUUAGUUCCUAAAGUUAUCCACGUUGACUUUAAAUAUGCAUGUUUUUUUCAUUCUGAAUCUCCUUUCCUGUAUCUUUACUGUAUUAAAUGAAAGCCCAGACAGAGGUCAGGUUUUUAAGCUUUUAUUAUACCAUCUGUUAAAUGCACAUUUAUAAAGGAACUGAUGUAUGCCAUUUAGAUGUUUUCAUUAAACAUUUCUACUCUCUUUUUACACACUAACACAGACCAUGUUAUGUAAUUUACAAUUUUUUAGCUAUGUAUAAGAUAAUC